AAAGUGUGUGCGUUGGUAUAUAUCAGUGUAGAACAAUAUGCUCGUCUUGCAACCUUGCAACUGGUGCUCACUUCGUAGUCUUUGGUUGGCGCGCGAACCGGUAUGGGUGUCCAAGUGCUCCUUCAAAUCUUUGGUCGCUUUCCGCAGUUCUUUCUUGCUGUUGCCAAACAAUGCUCGACGGCACUUCUACAAUUGCUGGGUUACCUCUUCUCAUGCUGGAACGCGCCGGUCCGCGAGUCAAUGGAAAACGGCACAGAAAAUGGCAUUGCUUCGACUGCCUUCAGUACGGAUAGCGUGACUCAAGUCAUGCAGGCAGAGAACAACAGCAGCAUCGGACCCGCAACUAUGCUGUGUUCGGAGGUCGGCGGCGUCAGUGAGGACUUCGUCCUGCACCUCACACAAGCUAUUCCGCAGAGUAGUACGCCCGCGGCUGUCACAGACCCGGAAGUCGGCGACACGGGUGUGCAGCCUGUCAUCCUCCUAAACACCGCCAGUGAUGAUGUCGAACUCCGCCCUCUCGAUGUUCUUCCUCAAGUACGCGUGCAGCAGUACGUAGGACUCCCAAGUAUUCGUGGCAGCGCCCAAACUGACAUUUGUAACGUCAAAGCAAACCACCCCCAUUAAAACGCUCCUUGCAAUUACUUGCUACCGUUAUUCUGGUACUGGAAGCGAUCUCGACAUUUUUCUUCCUCAACGGUUCUCUGUCCAUUUUACGUUCUGUCAGGGAUAUGCAAGACGAGCGACAGACUGAUAUGGCCAAGUUUAAUACGUUCUGGAAAGAGUUUCGAAGAAGACUUCAAAAUGUCACUUUGCUAGUGAGUCUGACAGAGCAAGAGAGAGAUCCCUUCGGAAAUAUUGAUGUACUUCAUUACUGA